ACCUACAUACAUAUGCAUAGACGAAAGAGAGAGAGAGAGAGAGAGAGAGAGAUAGCAGAGGAAAGAUGAGAGUCACCGGCAGAAGAAUCACCAUCUUUCUCUUCAUGUUUCUGUUAGCCACUCUCUCUAUGCCACCUGGCUCCGAGUCCUCACCGCAAUGCAAAGCGUGGCUGGUCCAGUCAAUCCCCACCGACAUGCCCCACCUCCCUCGUGUCCCCGGCGUUCUCUCCACCGGCGAUGUGUUCCGGUGGUUGGCGGGGAACUCCACGCAGAGACUGGACGUAAUAGCUCAGUACUGGCAGCUCAAUGCGCAUCCCGACGAUCCUCGCUCGGGGGAUUAUGGAUACUCUGAAGCUCAGAUGAAUAACUUCGGUGCUCCUCAGGGUUCUCAUGUUUACCAAGCCAUAGAACACGCCGCUGAUCGCAAUGUUAGUAUGAGGCUACUGUCACACUCGGGAGUUUAUCCAGACUACACUGAAGAACCAUCCAAGCUUGCCUCAGGAAGACCAAACGUGGAGAAUGUGACUUUGUUAUUGAGUGAAUGGUGGGGGUCUGGCAUAGUUCAUGCAAAAGUCUGGAUAUCGGAUCGUCAAGAUGUGUAUAUUGGGUCUGCAAACAAUGACUGGAAGUCUCUCACACAGGUGAAGGAAAUUGGUAUUUAUCUUGUUGGUUGUCCACGAAUUGCAAAGAAGGUUGAGGUCUACUUUGACAACUUGUGGAAACUUGCACAUCUCAAUUCUUCGGCUUACACCAAAACUGUGUCGGAUCAACAAUGGCAGACUGAUAGAAAAGUUCCUUGCUGGUCACAUUUUGUUGAUUCUAAAGAGAGGUGCAGGUCGCCUCUUCCUCAAUUUGUGAGGACUCCCCAUGUAGCAGGAUAUCCUGUACUUGCCAACCCUUAUAUGUUUAAAAUACCAUUUCAGACUCCUGGGUACAACUAUUCAAAUUUGCAGCCUGAAUCCAGCUAUCUCUCUUUUGCUCCUCCAGAGCUAUUGUUUGGCAGAUACCAGGCUGACGAACAGGCUUGGGUGGGUACAAUAAAAUCUGUAGGAAAUGGAGGAACUGUUAGAAUUAGUACCAUGGACUGGCUAGGUCAAUCUCAAUAUAUGAAACAAACAGUUUAUUGGCCAUCCCUUUCGUCUGCCAUAUCAAAGGUUGUCUUCUCCAAGCAUGCAACCGUAAAGAUAUUGGUCGCGCACUGGGCACAUUUUAUCAACAACACCGAUCAGUACUUGAAGUCUCUCCUCUACUCCAAUGUUCUUUGCUCUUCAUCAAAGUACAACAAAUGUUCUGGAAAAGUUGAGAUUAAGUACUAUAUGGUUCCGGGUUUCAAUUCGACGGGACCUGCCACUCAAAACAGAACCAGUACAGGAAAUAUAUACCCUGGAUAUACCAGGGUAAACCAUGGAAAGUAUGCAGUUAGUAAUGUGCGCGCCCACAUUGGGACAAGCAAUCUUGUUUGGGAUUACUUUUAUACAACAUCUGGUGUAAGCUUUGGAACGUACAAUCCUGCCAUUGUUUCGCAGCUUCAACUAGUCUUUGAUGCCGACUGGAAUUCGCCGUAUGCUGUGCCGGUUGAAGGGUUAGAGGAUAGUCAUGCUUAUUCAAGCUGAGUAGUUGGAACUUGUUGGUUUGGGGCCUUUGGGCACGUUCCAAAUCAGUAUAUGAUGGCUUGAAACUAACUGUACAUAAAGGAGCUGACUACAUGUGCUUUAUAUGGAAAUGUUAAAGCCUGGAAAUUGUUUCUCAUUUGAGAACCUGAACGAGUUAAAUAAAUAGUACUUCAUUGUA